AUGGCGAACGUCAAUGGCGUUAUAACCGCCAUCCCUCCACCUGACGGCUAUGAGGUCAAUUUCGCAAACCCACAGAGGAGGCUACUCACAGAGGCCUAUGUCAUCUUCACUAUUGAGAACAUCCUAGCGCUUAUGUUUCUCGGGCAGCGGCUUUAUACCAAAAUUCGUCUCAUGAAGCAGUUCCAAAUUGACGAUGGUACUGUGUUUAGUAACUUCAGACUCGAAAAUCUACUGACAGAGGGUCUUUUAAUUACUGGUUUCUCCACAGGCAGUAUGGGCGUGCACGCCUGGGAGAUUCCGAUCGAGAAGUACGCCUUUUACUCGCGGCUCAUUCUAGCGGCCCCUCUGGUAUAUGCACCUUGCUGCGCCUUGACGAAGAUCACGCUCUGUAUCUUUUACAGUCGCCUCUCUCCGUCCGUGGCCUUCCAAUGGGCCGUUUGGACCACCAUCUUCAUCUGCGCUAGUUCUUAUACGGCUAUCUUCUUCAGUCUGCUAUUCGCAUGCAAGCCAGUUGCUGCCAGUUGGGAUCCACUACUGCUUCCAACUGCGAUAUGCGUCAAUCGAGGAGGAAUCUAUAUCGCUACGGCUGUGAUUGGUAUCGUGACGGAUGUGAUGCUGAUCUCGAUUCCUAUCCCGACUAUCUGGGGUUUGCAAAUGCCGACGAAACAGAAAAUCGGAUUGACCCUUAUUUUCGGCGUUGGAUCAAUCACAAUGGUCACGUCCAUUGUUCGCCUUAUUGUUUUGAUUCCGGCUCUGACAGACAUGGACCAGACUUGGAUCAUAGCCGUUGGUUCUUUGUGGAUUAUCAUCGAAAGCAACUUGUUCAUCAUAUGCUGUUGCUUACCUACCCUGCGACGCUUCCUCAAACACGUCGCACCGCAAUGGAUUGGUGAAAGCCGCUCAUCUGAAAAUAAAGACUCGUCUGAUCACAAUCACGGGCUCCGGACUUGGGGAAGCGAAGGCACAGGCCCGAAGCGCAAGUAUGAUACUUUGAUGCGUACUGUGGACGGGACGACGCAAGGGGACGGAGACGACGAGAUUCCCCUCGCCAACGUACCAAACAAAGCAGGUUUACGUGAGCAAGAGUCCAAAGUACCGAUCGGAAACGUCGAGAUGAAGAGGGACAACGAUAGCGAGGAAGCCAUCUUGUAUGAGCGGACCGUUCAGGUUACUUAUGAUGACGGCGAAGGAGGCGACCCCGCGAAUCCGUACGCACGUCAGGUCUGGGCAGGUGGGCAACCCAAGGCUUUGUAG